UUUUGUGAUUAUUGCUGAUAUAAAUUAGCACGGUUAAUCUUUCUCGUAUCAGGUUUUCCUAAAGUUCUUCAUUCAGAACUCUGUAGCUACUGACAGGCCAGUACAGCACAUUCUCAUGGCUGAAGCUCUGAUCACAGCUGCGAAAUGCUUUGUUCCUAAAUCAAAGGAGGAAGAAGAAGAUAUCGAAAGAAUCUACAACAGUUACAGAAACAUAAUCGCAACCCUUCCAAGAAACAGAGGUUGGGCGACUCAGCAUCUCUGUCAAUAUCAAGGUUUUUGGUUUCAACCCAUGGUUGGUCUUGAAGGAAUCAUGUGGAUGCAACAACACUUCAUCUCUCGACCCACUGACGUUUACCUUAUCUCCUCUCCAAAAUCAGUUAGAUUAUACACAGCCAAUUCCGAAGGAUGCCAAAAUGAAACUCCACUUGUGGAUGGUGAUAGCCAAAUUGGAACUGUUGGAUGUGUAGCUGUUGAUAAUGAAGGAAAUUUAGCUUCUGCAACUUCUACGGGUGGAUUUGUUAACAAAAUGCUGGGUAGGAUUGGGGAUACACCCAUCAUUGGUGCAGAAACAUACACAAACAACCUCUGUGCAAUUUCUGCUACUGGCAAGGGUGAAGCAAUAAUACAAGCUACUGCUGCGAGGGAUGUUGCUGGUCUUAUGGAAUUUAUAGGUCUCUCUCUGAAGGAAGCAGUAGCUCAUGCUGUAGAGGAGUGGGUUCCAAGAGGCACUGUUGGGUUGAUUGUUGUGUCUUCCACAAGGGAAAUCACCAUGCCUCUCAAUACCACAAGCAUGUUUCGAGCUUCUGUUACUGAAGAUAGGUAUUCAGAAAUUGGAAUAUGA